AUGGACAAAAAGGCCACGGCCCUUUUGAAGCUAGCAUAUUUGGAAAUGUUCGGUUAUGAUAUGUCCUGGGCAUCAUUCAAUGUUCUAGAGGUCAUGUCAUCAUCCAAGUUUCUCCAGAAAAGAGUUGGUUAUCUUGGGGCUUUACAGAGCUUCAGGCCCGAGACAGAAGUGCUGAUGCUUGCUACCAACCUACUCAAAAAGGAUAUGGUUUGCUCAAACCUACAAAUAAUCUCCCUUCCGUUGAACACCCUCCCAAAUAUCAUAACCCCAUCUCUUGCCAUGUCGUUGCUUCCCGACGUCUUAUCUAGGAUUUCCCACUCCAGUCCUUCAAUUCGAAAGAAGGCAGUAGUAUGCUUGUACCGCCUGGCCUUGGUUUAUCCCGAGGCUUUAAGGCUAGCAUGGCCUAGGCUGAAGGACCGUUUGAUGGAUGAAACGGAAGACAGCAGUGUCACUACAGCUGUACUCAAUGUCGUAUGCGAGCUUGGAUGGCGGAGGCCUCAUGAUUUCCUCCCACUUGCGCCAAGGUUCUUUGAGCUUUUGGUGGAAGGGGGUAACAAUUGGAUGUCAAUCAAAAUCAUAAAACUUUUUGCAACAUUGACUCCUCUGGAGCCUCGGCUUGUGCGGAAACUCAUCCGGCCGCUUAUCAAUAUAGUCCAGACGACCACCGCCAUGUCAUUGCUCUACGAAUGCAUUAAUGGAAUCAUUCAAGGUGGCAUUUUAGAGGGAGAAGGGGCGCUUGAAGACUCGCAUGAGAUUGCAGAUCUUUGCGUGUCAAAGCUCCGAGGCAUGGUUGUUACAGAUUUCGAUCCCAACCUCAAGUACGUAGCACUGCUCGCAUUUAGCAGGAUUGUAGUAUCCCACCCUCAUCUGAUUUCGAUGCAUCAGGACGUCAUAAUGAAUUGUCUAGAGGAUGCGGAUAUCUCGAUCCGGUUGCAGGCUUUAGAGCUGGCGGCUCGAAUGGUUACAGGAGACACACUACAACCUGUUGUCGAACGCCUUAUUGGUCAGCUCGAGGAACCUCAACAUACUUUUCCCAAGGGGGAUGCCUCAGAUGCCGGAGAUGUAGCGGUGUUGGCAAAUCACGUCGGUCGUAGGGAGCUGGGAAAACAUCCUGCCUAUUUUCCUAUCUCUGACGAGUAUCGGGUUGAAAUCCUGCACCGCGUCUUAGACAUCUGUUCUCAUGACAACUAUUCAAGGCUAACAGAUUUUGAAUGGUACGUCAGUGUAUUAAUUCGACUGGUGAAACAUCUUCCCACAAGAGUUGAAGAACAUACGGUGAGCCAAGGGUUUGAAAGUAGCUCCAGGGACGAUGCAGCAAGCAGAAUUGGAUUGGAAAUGCGAAAUAUUGCUGUUCGUGUCAAGAAUGUCCGGAUGGAAGCGACAAGAGCAGCUGAAUUCCUGCUACUCGUUGACAACAGGCAGUCAGUGUUUGCAAAUGUUUCUCUUGCAUAUAAUGGUGUACUCGGCCCUCUAGCUUGGGUCGUUGGCGAAUACGCCGAAUAUCUCUCGUCCCCUGGUCCGAUGCUUCAGUCACUCAUCGAUGUGUCUACCACGUCAUUGUCUGGAAGAGCCCUUGUUCUUUUCGUUCAGGCUGUCCCAAAAGUCCUAGCUCGCAUAGUUCAUGAUUAUAUGGGAACAUGGGACGUGAGACAGAGAAGUGAAGUUUCCCUGUUCCUGGCGCGGAUCGUGGAGUUUUACGAAGGCCUCGCGACUCAUCCGGAUCUAGAAGUACAGGAAAGGGCUAUUGAAUUUCUGGAGAUCAUGCGCUUGGCUGCUGAUGUGAUGCAGACGAGCACGCAGCAGGCUCAAGUGCCAUACUUGCUGUCAUCGAUUAUUCCAAGUCUGUUCUACGGGCUCGAGCUCAACCCGGUGGCGCCAAACGCGCAGGGAAAAGUCCCCUUACCAGAUCAACUAUGUUUGAAUGUGCCGUUCAACGACAACGUUCGCAAGCUGUUUGAGAGUUACCAAGAUGGGUUUUACGCGCAGCCCUAUGACUUUUACCGCGUCGGUGUCACACAGUUGCCACAUAAACAACAAGGCGGAUUCAAUACGAUCGAAAUACAGCCGAACUUCUCAUAUCAGGAUCCAGAUAUCCUUGAUGAAGCAUUGGCUGCAAGCUUGCGGCAAAAAUUAGAAUGGAAACAACGCAACAGAGAGGACCCGUUUUACAUCGGUGCUGAUGAACGGAAUGAUGCAACGGCACCGACGGAGCGGCCGUUUGGUUCUGUCCACAGUGAGGCUCUGGAUGUCGAUUCUAUCCCAAUAAUCGAUCUCAAGAUUAGUGGGCUUGGGGAUGAAUCUACACCCAAAGCAAGGUCAUAUGAUUCCCAGGGCAAACUGGCUGGACAACCCAAAAAAUACGAAGUUAUUGCCGAUGAAGUACUUGAUCUCGAAGAAACGGCUGAUUUCAGUUCUCCUGACGAGCCCGUCAAGGCGAAGAGGGCAUUACUGCAAGUCGACUCUAGCGGCCUUAAGGACUUAACUCUGGGGGAUGACGGUCUCGCCCACGCCAAUGGGGUUCCCGGGAAGUCCGAGGAUGAUGCAGAGAUGGCUACAGCAAUGAAGGAAAUCGAGAAAAUCAGGCUAAAAAUGCAACGAGCGUCCGAGCGUGUAGAACUCGAAGGUGCCCCUUCUGACGGGAUGGUUGUGAAAAAACGAAGAAAGCCGAAAAAAACCAGCCACAACAAAACUCGAAAAGGUUAUUCCUUACAGGGGGAAAAUAGCCAGUCAGAACACGGCAAGAGCUCUUCAACCGUGCAUAAGAGGACAAGGAAAAGAAAAGGCGAUGCCGAAAGAUUAGGCUAAAGAUUAAGCUGAUUGAUUAGUUCUAUUGAGAAGACAAAUAUACACAGAGUUUACUUUCAAGAUAUGCCAUUUUUAAUCGAUGCCUUCCUUGUACUCAGCUGGGCUUCAGAGGUUCAAGGGUCCGACCCGCCUCUGUUCACGUAGGGCUCAGUCAUAGUGACGGCUGGAUAUUUGCCGGUCUUUCGGAGAGUAGCAUUUAUUUCACCCCUAACAAGGCAUAGAGGUGCAAAUGCAUAAAUAAUUUUAUAAGCCAGCUGUUGCUUCGC